CUUAUAUGUUUGAAUACAAAAAUCAAUUGUUAGAUUAUUAGUUUGAUAGGCUCCCUAAAGAUAUUUAUAAUUUUGUAGCAAACUUAAUAGAGAAGAAAUAAAAUGAGAUUGUAAUUUUUUAUGAAGAGUCUCUUUUAUAAGACAAUCAAUUUUUCAGAAAAACCAAGCCAAAUGAUAUCCAAAUUUUAUAAGUGUUUUCCAUAAAAGAAAUAAUUGAGAAAUUGGCAGAUUUUGAUAAAGUGGAAAAGUAAAAUAAAAGAUAUAAUGAAGAAUUAACUUAAAUUAAAAAAGAGAUUAUAAAUCUCCAAAAUACUAUUUAAGAAAGGAAUAAGACUAUAGCAUAACAAAAAAUUUAAUUGGAAUUAAAUGAAAAUGAAAGCAAUCAGAAAAAUUAAAUUGAAGAGUAAAAUAAAAGAUAUUUUGAAGAGUUAACUUAAAAGAAAAAAGAGAUUAUAAAUCUCUAAAAUAUUAUUUAAGAAAGGGAUAAGAAUAUAGAAUAACAAAAAAUUUAAUUGGAAUCAUAAGAAAAUGUAAGGCAUCAGAAAAAGUAAGUUGAAAAAAAUUUAGUAGAGUCAAUUACAUAAACGGCAAGUAAUUACGAAAAUAUUGAACAAUAAUAAUAUCAUAUCUAAAAUUUAAUCGAGCAACUUUAAUAAUAGAUUGAUAUUUUGAAAAAAAAAUAAAGUUCAAUUAUUGAUUUUUAAGUAUCAAUAACAUUUAGUUAAAUUUGCUAUUUUUGCUAAUAAAAUAUAGAUGAUGAUUGUAUUAUGAUUUCAUGUUAACAUUCCUUCCACCAUGAUUGUUUAAUACAUUUAGUAGAAUCUUAAUGCUAUUUAAAUUAACCAAAACUUAAAUGCUUAUGUUAAAAAUCCAUAAAACCAUAAUUAUUAAAGCUUAUCCAUGAUACUACAAAAGCUUAAAUUUUAAAGUUAAAACUAGAUUUAAAUUAAUUGAAUUAUAUUAAAUCUGUAUACCCUUAAAAGUUUUUAAAUUGCUAAAAUAAAAAUUGCAAUUUUUUUUACUACUACGAUGAAAAAUAAUAAAGAAAUUCAUCAUUUUGUCCAUAAUGUUUAAUGUGA